UUCUUCCUUUGCGACCAGGAGCUUUUCUGCAGCCCAGCAGUUUUCCCCGAAACUUACGCCCGUGCAGAUUUAUGGCCGGAAAAUCAUAGUACGGAAAAUUCGAUUUCUCAACCUUUAUUUCUGUGUGUGUGUGUUUGUGAAGAUUUUUAACUUUUCAGCUUGGUUAAACGUCGAAAAAAUAAUUGAAACAACAACAAAAUACAAGCGCGCGCCCGCCUCUCUUUCCGCGUUUUUGUGCGUUUGUGUGCGUGAGAGUGAGUGUAAUAAUUAUGGCAUAAGUGCAUAAAAAUUAUGAUAGCAGAAUUCCCACGGUCCACUACGAAUGUGAAUUGUGAAAAGCGGAAAAGCAGGGAAAGCGAGGAGGCGGAAAAUUUGACAAACGAGAGCCGCAAAGGCGUGAAAUCGAUCAGCUGUGACGUCGGCAAAGCCAGAAAGUUUAGCCAAAAGAAAAGGUCAAAAAAGCAGCAGCAGCAACAACAACAGGAAGCAGGACGAAAAGGAGAGGAAAAGGUGAAAGAGCCGCAACAACAAGAAAAAAAGAAUAGCAAGAAGCUCUGUCAAAAGCAAGGGGUAAAGGAUAAGAAGAAGAAUCAGCAGCGAGGGGAGAACGAUAAGAAGAAGCAGCAACAGAAAAGGUCAAAUAAUAAGAAGAAGAAGCCACAGCAACAGCAAAGGGCCAAUAAUAAGACGCAGCAGCAUCCCGUUGUACACAGCAAAAAAAGCCUUAUACUAUUUUUAGAUUAUUUACGGCAGUGCUGUCCCGCCGAAAUCGAAAUUGUCGCCGUCAAACCAACCGGCUGCAGUGACGUCAGAGGGUCAGGCUGCAAUCACGCUACGUGCAGUAAAUACGCCGCUAAGAACGGCACUUGGAGCCAUUUCGAGCAUAAAACCAAAAUUUAUGCUCUAUAUCGUCACCUGGAGAUCGGUGGCCCGCUCGAACAAGUGCAACAGCAACAGCAGCUGAGAGUCGGCCAAAACCAAAUCCGGCUGCGCUUCGAGAUGCUCUUCGCCGAGCCACCGCCCCCGCCCACCCAGGGCCAUGCUCCCACCUCCCACGGUCACGCCCAUACGGUCGAUGAUGUACAGGAUUCGCCGCCUGGUGACGAGCAGGUGAUACCUAUGCUGCAAGAUCAGCAAAACGGCGAACUUAUGGCUGGCACCGCCAGUAACGUUGAGCUAAUGGAGGCCAUGAAGAAAUUAGAUGCGGAUCUGGUGGCUUUGUUUGCCACCGCUGCUUCCGCAGAGCCACUAAAGAUUAAGCAACAGCAGGUCCUGUGGCCAGAAUCGGAGUCGGAGCAAAUGGCCCAAGAUUCGGAUGAUGAGCUGAUCAUUACGCCGGAGAUUUUCCGUAGCUGCAACUCUUUGCAGCUCCAUUUGGAGGCUUUGACUUUGCAGCCGGAAGGAACUCAACGCAUGGAACUGGUUCAGAACGAUGUGCGACCCAUUUUCACCGUGGAAUGCCAACUGUCCGGGGAUUUGAUAAAGAAAGUGCCACGUUAUCCGAUGUUCCACAUCAUGCAGUUCGAGUCGGAGAAGUUCCAGAGCCUGACGCAGUGCACCCGCUUUGGGCAGACGGCUCAGCGGCAGGUGGAUAUGAAGGAAAAGAAACUUGACGAUCAGGAUCAGAGUGCUGGUCAUGUGGACAUAACGGUUUGGUGGCGUGAACCCGGUACUUGUCUCAAUGAAAUGCUCGGCAUGGGCCGUUUGGAACUAAGAGAGCUUUACAACGCAUCCCUGUUGGAGCAAUGCAAGUGCAUUGCCAUUAAGCGUCGCGAUGUCCAUCUGGGCAGCGUGUAUGUGAAGAUCAGUCUGCUGCAGAUUUUGAAUGGUAACCCGGAACAGCAGCAGCAGCAACAACAGCAGCAGCAGCAGCCGGGUCAAAAGAACGAAAGUGGAAACAAGGCAGCAGUUAACUACAAUUCGAAGGCCGUUUUAACGCCCCCUCAGCCGCCGCCCCGACCACCACCGCCUCCCCAAGCCAAUAACAACAACAAGGCCAUAUUGGAGUGUGUCAAUUUCAUGGCGGAGACCAACAAAGUUCGUCUCCUCAGAGGCUAUCUAUAUGCCGGGGAGCUGCGUCAAUUAACAACGGAGAAUCAGACCGCAUGUCAGGAGUUAUCACUGCAACCAUUCUGGCAAUCCUCGCCACUCCUAGUAAAGAUCGGCGAUGGUGGAUCUUUUAAGCUGCAGGAACAGUUUGCCAUCAUCAAUGACGAGCGCUUCCUGCAGAGUGUCGAGCGCCAGCAGCUGAUCCUGGAGCUACGUCCCCUGGGUGGCGUUGUCCGUCUACCGCUGCAUCAGUUCUUCAUUGCCUACAGAGAUGCCAACAUCACCAACCAUCUUUGCAAGGGAAAGUUACCAGUGAUUUCCAUUGAUGGCUGGGCACCCAUUGUCAGUGCUGAGACCCAGUCUCCACUGGGUGAACUUAAGGUGCUCCUGGCCAUCGGCAGUGAGUCGCAAAUUGCUCAAUUAAAACAGCAGCGCGGCUUCGACCGGGACAACAAUCAAGUGCCUACACCAAGUAGCACCACAGAUUUGCUUGACAUGCUCCAAAAUGCCAUAACAGCUCCAAAACCAAGUGGCUCAGUUCAAGUUAUGCCGCCACCACCGGCCCCACCAGCGCCAAGUAACUUUAGCUUUCAACUGCGCAUCGUGGGAGCUGCAGGAUUGCCAUUGAAUCCAGGAUAUGGAAAGUCAAAGAAACAAGUCAAACGUCAGUCGGCCGCCAAGCGUUUCCCGCCCAACGAACCUCCGAACACCUAUGUGACCUUCCAGGCCAUCAACUGUAACAGUCAGACAUACAAGUCACACGAAGGAUUGGUCUAUGCCACGCCUAUUGUGCCAAGGUCCACGAAGCCACAAUGGCUCAGCAAGUUCCGGGUAGAAGUGAGCCGCGAUUACCGUAGUAAUCCCCAGAAACUCUUCAUCUUAAAGCUAUGGAAAAAGGCGAUCGUUAGCCCAAACGGCGUUACUGAGCCAUCUCCCCAUGAGGAUGCCAUUAUUGGGUUUGCGGCCCUGAAUCUCAACCAGAAGCAACCUGGCGGAGGCUUUCCCAGCGGAUGGCACAACAUAGUGGACUUCAAUGGACGUGUAACUGGGGGAAUUGAGGCUCAUGUGGAGCCCAUACCGCCCAGUGUGGACACCGUGAUCGAUCAGUUUGAAAAGUCCAUGGAACUGGGUCAUUUGCAGUUGGGUCAGGCCAUAAAGAGGAAGUACACUGAGUUGGAGGAGAUAUCGCAGAGAUUGCGUUCUCGUUUGGUGGAUGUGACGGGGGAAACACUUAAAUUUCCAGAAUUCGAUGUAGAUUCUGCAUUGGACAGUUGGCAGCAGGAUGGAGAUGAUGAUGAUUUGGCGGAAGAUUUUGAACGUUCUCUGCGCACUCCAACGCCUCCUCCUGACUCGCCAACGCCAUCUACCAGCAACGCCGCACAAAAUCUCAGAAACACAAAUGGCCAGGAAUAGCCCAGGGCCAAGAGUCAGUUAAUGUUUUUUCCUCUCUCUACAUCUCGAUGUCGUCUCUGAUAUUGGCUCAAACUGUAGCUAUAGUUAACCAUCUAGUUAUAGACUAAAUAAUAAUACACGGAUAUUAAUCUGAUAAUUAUGCUGUACUUAAAUUGGCAUCCCAAUUUUGCCUCGAUUCACCGUCUUAUGGCUGUCUAUAUAGCAUAAAAUCAAAGCUAACAACGAUCACCCAGCGAUCGUUCCAUUGAGUUAAAAAUUGUCGAUUGAAUAUUGUUUUAAGUCACGAGAGGAUUUUCCCCUGCAACCACACGGAAUAUGUAUUAGUUUCGGAACUGUGUUAAUCACCUAAGUAUUUAGACACUAUUACUUAAUAAAAAUUUAAAUAAAAAUAAAGAAAAUGCUUGAGCAAA